AAAUCUAUCAGCUGGACUUUGCAACAUUCCAGCAGUGAAACGAAAACAAUAUCCGAACAAUGUAGUUGUGCAUCUGUUGUGAGAAUAUUACAGUUUGGAGGAAGAGAAUAUAUACUUUCAAAUUCAAUAAACAUAGAAAAUGGAAAUUCUCACGUUACAGGAUGCGACUGGAAAUCAGAUAACGAAAUAAUCAUUGCCGACGCUGCUGUAAAGGGAAGACCAGAAGCCCGUAUAUACAACACAAAAGAUGGUACACUAAAGCAAAAGAUACCUUUAGCUUAUAAACCAUAUGACUUAGCCGUCCUGCCGGACAAUAAAUUUGUCAUGACAUUUCCGAAAGAAGAGAAAUUAUUAAUCGCCAGUUUUGAAGAUCUUAGUUCCAAAAGAUUCGUCGAUGUUUCAAUUAAUUGUUAUGGUGUAUGUCACUGGGGAAAAGGGACAAUUAUUGCUGGCAAGGAAAAUAUAGCGUUUUUCGAUAGUGAUUUUGAUGAAACAAAAACAUUAAUUGUUGAUGGAGAUGAUGUCAGAUAUAUCUGUUCUUACAACAAUAAUUUAAUUUUUUACACCGAUUUGCAAAACAACGAAAUCUGUAGGGUUAUUGGAAAUGGCGAUAAUAGAUUCACGUAUGACGAUACCUACCUCAAGGGACCAGCAGGAAUUAUUCUUGAUGAAUACAAAAACGUGUAUGUUUGUGAAAAGGGUUCUGAAAAUCUUUUUUUUGAACAAAGGUGGAUCAUUUCUUAAAACAUGAUUGUGACGUAAACCUUUUGUUUGUGUUGUCCAUUCUAUAGCUUAAUGUUGAGCUAACUCCCCAAACAAUCC